UUAUGUAUUAUAAGAUGAUGUAUACAAAUCUUUCCUAAAAAAUAGAUGAUGCAGAAAUCUACGGUACAUAAAAAAUGAAAUAAAAAACCGGCUCGUUCAAACUCGGGAGCGUACCGCCCCCGCGCCGCACAUGCAACACCAGCACGCCUGCAGCGGCGGUUAUCGCCUUGCAGUUCCAUCUCCAACAAAUAGAAACGCAAACUUCCUACUUCCAAACACCGAAGGAAGAAAAAGCAAAUCCAUGGCGAACUCCGCCGCGCUCUCGCCGCGGUCCAUCCUAGCACUCACCGGCCUUCUCCUCUGCCUCGCGCCACCGCACCCUUUUACGGCGCAGGGGCAGCAAGUCCCCAUCACCAACGCGCCUUUGAUGCCGUGGUUCGCCUUCAGCUGGCUGGGCUACAAGUCAUCGUUCCGGGCCGGCGACACCGCGGUGAUCAUGAUCAGGGCCCUGGACCUCUCGGACGCCGACCUGGUCCGGCGCACGGCGUCCUUCUCGGCCACGGUCAACAACAAGGCUGGGAACAGCACGUACAUCACCGACGUCGCCGCGCACCUCGAAGGGGACCCGGCCUCAUGGAACCUCACCUUCGUCCCCAUCCGGGCCGGGGACUUCGUCGUGAGCGUCGCCGAGGAGCGGCUCAGCAUCGGCGUCUCCACGCUCCAGUACUCCGUCGCGGCGGCCGGCGUGCACCCGUCGGCUUCCUUGGUCUCCUGGAUGUACUACAGCGGCUGCGUCGCUGGGUCCAAGGCGUUUCUGUCCGUGAUCCCCCGGGACGCCUUCGGCAACAACGUCACGCGGGGCACCGACAUGCCCGGCGCCGCCGGAGAGUACUUCAGGGUGGAAGGGUCUUAUGGGAAUGGGACGGCCGGGGAGUUUUUGGAUUUUCACUACAAUGGUUGGACGGAGGAUGGGUCACUUAGCCUUGAGUUCGUGCCGACUGUUGCUGGGGACUUCUUGGUGCGGGUUUAUGGGGGCGACAACAGGGCAUUGCGUGGUUCACCUUUGUUGCUGACAGUGAAGCCAGGUCCCCUUGACACAGCGAAAAGCACGUGCAGCUGGAAGCAUGGAACAAAUGUUCUUCAGAUAUUUUCUAAGCUGGAGAUUUUCAUAAACCAAAUGGAUUCGUAUGGAAAUCUUGUUCCGGAGAUCCAUCCAUUUGAUGCUGGAGUAGUUGAAAGAGCCUCAAAUCUGUCUGUCCCGGUAGUGGAUCUUCUAAUUGAAGUAGUCGCUGAGGGAGUUCAGUUGCUCUCUUUCAAACUUGUGGAGCCUGGAGAGUUUGUGCUCACAAUGUUUGAUGCUCGACUGAACCAAAGAAUCCCCAACAUGGUCUACAUAUAUGAUGUCUUUGUAGGGUAUUGCGAUGGAUCAAACAGCUUAGCUAAUGGGUCCGGUAUAGCGCAGUCUGUUGCUGGUUCAGUAUCAUCUUUCAUGGUUUACCUGGAGGAUCAGUAUCGCACCCCUUCCCCGGUCGAAACCGCAAUGCUGCAAGUGCAGAUUUUGAGUAAAAAUGGCAAAUCGGAUGUAAAUCCAAUUAUAUCAGCUCUGAGAGAACCAAACGAGACAGUAUCCAUGGAUGGAUCAAGUUCUUCAGAUCAAGGACCUGCUGACCAUCAGAAAAUCAUUGCUGGAAACACAACACUGAAAGCAAGUCAUUUUAAUGUUUCAUAUACUCCUGAAAUUGCCGGGGAGUACGAUAUCUGGGUGCUGUGUGGGAACAUAGUGCUGAACAACGGGAACCCCUAUGCCAUGACAGUUUCACCAGGUGCAGUUAACACAUCUUUAUCAGGUGCUCCAUUGUUUGAUCCCAUGGUCAAAAGAUUAGUCAGAAACGAAAUAACUGUUCGACUUCUUGACUCAUCCAUGAACCCAGUGGUGUCUCUAGAGCCGAAAUUGAGGCUUCAUCUAACAUCUGCAAAUAUAACAACAAUGAUGAACACGUCAAGCUUCAUUGCCGAGGAAUUCGUAAACAACAAAGAUGGAUCAUAUACUGCUCGUUAUGUGGCAAUAUAUCUUGGUUCAUAUGGCAUGUGUGUUCAAUUUGACAACGUGCAGCUAGCUCCUUGUCCAUUCGAGGUCCAUGUUCUUGCAGACGAAUACUUUUCUGAAGUUCAAAAUGAUAGCAUUUCAGUUUGGGAGGAUGAAUCUGUUUCCUUUGAUCUAUUAUCAAAUGACUACAUUGCAGGAGGACAAGUUCAAGUAGUUAAUUUAUCUUCACCACUCCAUGGAUCAGUCGUAGAUUACAACCAAAGCUAUCGGUACACACCUUUUAAAGGUUUUUUUGGGAAUGACUCAUUUUCCUACACAGUAUCUGACAAGCAUAGCAACGUUGUCAGUGGAGCGGUAUUCAUAUCUGUUCUCUGCAGACCACCUGAGUUCAUCUCUUUACCCAAACAAUUACAUGUUACUGAAGAUAUAAUUGGCCCAAAAUUUGGUGGAUUUUUGGGGAUUGAAAUAAUAUAUUCAGACACAACAGAAAACCUAUCAGUAACUGCGAGAGCACAGUCAGGCAAUGUUCUUCUUGCUCCCAUGCCAAUGAAACUUCAACAGACACCGGAUGAUGUACUUUCAGUCAGCCGGGGAGGUAGUUCUGGCAAAGAACUGAAACUACAAGGGAUGGUAGAAGCAAUAAAUGGCGCGCUAAAAUUUCUUAAGUAUCUUGGAAAUGAAGAUUUCUAUGGGAAUGAUGUUAUAAUGCUAUAUGCCAUGAACAGAAACGGUAUGAAACAUGCUGAGUUACCCAUCUUUGUUGAGCCAAUUAAUGAUCCUCCAGUUAUAUUAGCUCCAAAAUCAAUUUUCUUGGGUGGGAAAGAGUCAAGGGAAGGAUAUCAAAUCUUUGGCAAGCAGAGGGAUGCUUCUGCGUUUUCAAUUGUUGAACCAGAUCUUCGUCAUUACCCAGGAAAUAAGUCUCAUCUUCUGCUAGAACUGUCCUUGGAAGUCUUUGAGGGAACCCUGGUGAUGACAUUGCCGGCUGGUAUAGUUGCCACGGCAGAGCUGAUGACCGAUGGCAAUAACCAUUGGCAGUCGCUUCAGACCUAUGUAGCCAUUGCACAUCACUUUGUCCUAAGAGGAACUGGUAUCAGGUUCCGCGGGGAUGUCCUUGACUGCAACAAUGUAAUGCAGCGUCUGUUUUACCAGGGCCCAAGCCAUGAUACAAUGUUAUCCAUCACUGUAAACGACCUGGGAAACUAUGGAUGCUACCCAGAUUGUUCAGAGAUGAUAUCGAGGCCAUUGUCGACAGCGAAGACUGUUCGACUAGUCAAAACGAAAUCUAUGAACUCAAGAAGAUCAAUCUUGAUGGGAUCAGCAAUAGCAAUUGAGAUCCUGGCAAUGCUAUGCCUUGGCGGGGUUCUCCUGUAUUUCCUCCUGAAAUGCAUGAACGCCCUGAAAGGUAAGCAAAGAGAUCAGGUCGAAAAUGAAAUGCAUAAACCAGAGCAAACCCCGUUGCGUCAACAUAUGAGUGCACCGCCCUCAGAUGAUGCUGGAUAUUGCUCUGCACCUGCAGCUGUUCUAUCCUUCGGUGGAAACAGGCCGAGUUUUCGUCAGCGGUCAUCCAGGUCAUGCAAGCAGGAAAUGGAACUGCAACCUUUAUCUGGGAUCAGAAACGAUGGAAAUCAAAAUGCUCAGCCUGUAGUAGACAAGGACAAGUAGUACCCUAGCAUGGUCUGCAGAAUCCUAAAUUUUCUUCUGUAAAUUCCAAAAUAUAACAAGUCUACCUGAACCUUAUUUAAUCAAUCCUCAGUGCCCACCACAUAAACGGAAAGAUAUCUUUAGUUUGACAGAAGUUGCAUAUGAUGCAAACUCAUGGAACUGUCAAAGACCUGGAGAUAAAUGGAAUCAAUCAAAGACAAGGGCAGAUUUGGCAUAGAUGUUUCUAACCUGAAAGAUUUCUUUCAGGUCAAUAACCAACAAGAAAUGUUUCUA